AUGACUGCGUGGAACGUAUUUCGUUUCAUGGGAGACAUCUCCCAUCUCCUCUCCAAAUGCAUCCUGAUGAUUGCGAUACAUCGCAACAGGAGUGCUGAAGGUGUCUCCCUCAUCACCCAGGGUCUGUACGCCUUGGUCUUCUGCACACGCUACCUCGACAUCUUCUCCGAACAAUCAGCAUGGAACUUCAUCUUCAAGAUAUUCUAUAUUUCAUCAUCCUUCUACAUCAUCGGGGCCAUGCAGUGGAUCUUCCCCCGCACCAGAGAACGUGAGCUCUCGUGGAAGGUCGGCGCCGGCGUCUUCGGCCUCUCGCUCGUCUUGUCUCCCUUUGCCAUGCUCAUCUUUGAGAGCUACUGGAGCUUCCGCGUCUGGCUUUGGGACUUUAGCCAGAUCCUCGAAUCCAUCUGCGUCUUGCCUCAACUGCUCCUGCUUCGCCAGACAACCGUUCCGACCGUCAUCGACUCCUUCUACCUCGUCACCCUUGGCUCGUACCGUGGAUUAUACCUGAUCGGAUGGAUCACGCGCGAGCUCGACAUCAACGACAAGGCGCCAAACACGGUCUCUGUCAUCUUUGGCAUUAUCCAGACGGCGCUGUAUGUCGACUUCGCCUGGGUAUACUACACCCGCCAGCGCGUCAAGCUCCGCAACGGUGGCAUUGUCGAUGCCGACGACUUGCGUAGAGGCUGGUUGCUCAACAGAAUCUUUGGAAAGCGCAUUGAUGCCCACUCUGACGACGAAGAGAGCGCCCCUGCUCUCGGCGACGACGAUGGCCAGGGCCGCCGCGGUGGUGGACGGCCCAAGUGGGGUGCCCGUGGCAUCUCAGUCAGCGCAGAUGAGGGUGUUCUGGAUACCGACCGGGACAACCAGCGCCGGGAUGAGGAGCUCGAGGAGGGUGUCAUUGACCCCGAUGCCAAGAUGCAGGACCCCGAUGAGCUCGCCCGUGUGCUGGAUGACGAUGAUGACGACGAUACGAACAAGGCGUCCGGAAGCAAUGGCACACCCGCCGGGAUCGACAACGGUUCUGAGUGGCGCAACUAG